AUGAAACUAGAAAGUGAACUAUCUUUCCGCCAAAUGGUCGUCGAGUUGGAAUCUCAAUCGUUUGAAUUUAAUGAUAGUGAUCAAAACUCGCCUAGCUUCAGAUUGCAGAACCAGAAGGCAAAGGAAUAUGACAACAGUGACUCGAAGAAUGUAAAGAAGACCGAACAGUAUGACAGCAUUGUUGAUUUGAAAAAGGGUUACGACGCACAGAAUCCGGUAGAUGUCCAUGUGAACCGCACUGUUGCCGGAUGUGAACCAGAAAUGGAAGUUUGUUACGAAGAGAAUACUUACCAUGUUGUGAAGGAUAUAUGUGUUGAUAAAGGAGUCUUUAAUAAGCAUAAAUUCAUGUUUGAGGAAAAUGUUGACAGAGCCGGUUAUAAUUUCUUUCCAUUGGAGAGUUUCGAUGAUAACCGGAAUCCAGAAGACAACACUGGUAUCAAGGUGUUAAAUCAACCAGAAACUGAUGAUUCCGACGAGGCGUCUUCUAAUCACGAUCAGCACAAAGACGACAGUGAGAUUGAAGAUCUUAUUGAUAACUUCACCAAAGCGACGGAUUUACGUGAAGACACACAAGAUGCUGUACCGACUGGUGGCAAGGAUGAACAGCUUUCCGUUGAACAUGAUUCGCACUCCCAGUUGAAAGACGCAAAUAAUAUGGUUGAGGAAGAAGUAUUGACAAGUUCUGCUUUAGGAUCAACCGUUGAUGAACCGAACAGUGAUCAUCAUUUUGCGCCUUCAGCUCCUGCGGACUGUGUCAAAAAGGAACUUCACCAAUUCGGUGGCUGUAACUGCGAUGAAACUCAACUUACUACCGUUGAAGGUUCAUCCGGUGAUAUUUCUGAAAUUCAGCAAGCUGAAACAAGUCAGAUUCACAAUAGCAUUGGCGAGUCAAGUUUUUCUGCCGCAGGCGCAGUAUCUGGUCGUAUAAGUUACUCAGGGUCUAUACCUUAUUCUGGAAGCAUCUCUAUUCGAUCCGACAGUAGCACCACCAGCACUCGAUCCUUUGCGUUUCCCAUACUGCAAUCUGAAUGGAACAGCAGCCCAGUGAGAAUGGAAAAACCUGAUAGGAGGCACUACCGGAAGCAACGCAAUUGGAAGGCUAGCCUUCUUUGCUGUAAAUUUUAA